CUCAAUUUUGCCUCUUCCGUGCCAACAAGUUGUCUUUCUGUGUGACUAUAAAAAAAAGCUUCUGCGUUCUGUUUCAACCUCAGUUGAUUGAUACUAAGCCACUUACCCCAACUUUCGUGUUGUAAGAGUCAUACCACUCGGCAUUACAAAUGCUCGGACCGCCAGUCAACCUGCCCAAGUGGCUUGAGGCAAACUCUCACUUGCUUCAGCCGCCCAUCAACAACUACUGCGUCUACAACGAUGACUUUACCGUCAUGAUCGUCGGCGGCCCCAACGCCCGCACCGACUACCACAUCAACCAGACCCCCGAAUGGUUCUACCAGUACCGCGGCGCCAUGAUGCUCAAGGUCGUCGACGGCACAACCUUCCGCGACAUCAUCAUCCGCGAGGGCGACAUGUUCCUGCUGCCGGCCAACACGCCGCACAACCCGGUGCGCUUCGCAAACACCGUCGGCGUCGUCCUGGAGCAGCGCCGCCCGGCCGACUCCAUCGACCGCAUGCGCUGGUACUGCGCAAAGUGCUGCGGCGAGCCCGGCGCCGAGGCCGUGGUUGUCCACGAGGCUGCGUUCCACUGCACGGAUUUGGGCACGCAGAUUAAGCAGGCCGUGGAGGACUUUAGGGGGGAUGAGCAGAAGAGGACGUGUCGACGGUGCGGGACGCUGGCGGAUUGGGCGCCGAAGCCGGGGUCGAUUCAGGAUCCCAAUCUGGAGUAAGGAUGAGGAUGAGGAUAACAACAUGUUUGUUGUAUAGGUAGAUGCUCCUUGAAGACAGACACAUCACAAUGAAAAAAGUAGCC